AUGGCUUCAUUAGAUGGACGAGGCAAGGAAUUAGCAUCUUGUUCCACGGCAACAGUAUCACUCACUUGGAAGAAAUUAAGUAUUGAUGGAAAGGAUAUGCACACUAUCUUAGUUGAGCCUUAUGGUGGGAAAGCUGUCUCUUUAGACGAUGAUAGCGAAGCAUCUAAAGCAUUGAAGAAGAAUUAUCUUGGCAAACUCUUCACUGAGCUGAAGAGUGUGAUAAUAUCCGGCAAGAUAUUUUACAUGCACUAUUUUUCAUUGGGCCUAACACCAUCAGUAGAUGGUGGAACGCCCGUGAUGCAUUUAUGGAACCAACACAUGGUGCAAAAACAGGUUAAGUUGGAAAAAGAAAGCAUCCACGGCAUUCUUUAUGGUGGUCAGACUAAUGAAGUGUCUGAAGGUGUAAGGAAGAUAUAUGAAUACUUUUUACAAUAUGCCAAUACCUUUGCAAGUAAAGUGCUAAAGUUGCAACAAAGUCUUGGCCAACUUCAAAUAUCUAAUAGUAAAGCUAUUGUGAGGGUCGAUGAACCAAGUGAAGAAGAAGUGGAGGAAGCGAAAUGUGGAGAUGAAGAUGAAGCCAAUGAUGAUGAUGAAGAUGGAGACAAAGGCGAAGAUGAAGCUGAUACAUAUGAUAAUGGAGAUGGGGAUGAAGAUGAGGAUGACAGUAGACAUAAAGCUACAGCUGGAGCUAGAUCUAAAGAAGAUGAAGAUGAAGGCUCUGAUAGUAAGGAAAAAAGUGAUGAAAGGCAAGAUGGCAAGAAGAGGAGGAGAACAGAUAAAAUCCUAAUGAUUUGA